AUGAAAUCGUUGACUCUUGCCCUCGCCGCCAUCAUGGUCUCGCCCAUCUUCGCCGCCCCCAUCGGCCCCAGCGGCCCCUGCCCAGACGUGAGUUGCUCAGGGCCAACCUGCCCUUCACACGCCCAAAAUACUAACAAAUCUUUCGUCGUCCAGUACAAGGUCGAUGCCAUCCUCAACGGCCAACUCGACCCCUCGGCAUGCUGCUCCUAUGGAACGUGCAAGGGCGACGUCGUCAUCUCGGUCGGCGAGUGA